AUGUUGACUCACACUACGCUCGUAUCGCGGGCUGUCUUGAGAUCUGGCUGUUUGAGACCAACUCAACUGUCGCGUGCUCGCCGUUACCAUGGCUUUGCCCAAAGCAAAUUCUUCCAAGUAUCAGAGGAGGUCCGUGAUGCUGUUGCUACCGGAAAGCCAGUCGUUUCUUUAGAAACGACAAUUUAUACACACGGUUUUCCAUAUCCCGAUAAUGUUGCACUUGCUACCAUGUUAGAGUCCGUGGUGAGAGCCAAUGGGGGAGUUCCUGCAACUAUAGGAAUCGUCAACGGCGUGGCCAAGGUUGGUUUAAACGGAGAAGAGCUCGUCCAGCUGGCCUCGACAGUUGAAAACAAGAGCGCUUUGAAAGUGUCUCGCAGGGACCUGGGCUACAUAUGUGGCAUGGGCCUGGCUGGCAAGCCAAUGCAUGGCGGCACAACUAUCUCCGGCACAAUGAUUCUUUCGGAGCUGGCUGGUAUCAAGAUAUUUGGCACAGGGGGUCUAGGUGGUGUGCAUCGCGGGGCAGAAAACUCCAUGGACAUCUCUGCCGAUCUUACCGAGCUGGGCCGAACGCCGGUGACAGUCAUCAGCUCUGGGUGUAAAAGCUUUUUGGACAUCCCACGAACGCUCGAAUACCUCGAAACUGAAGGUGUGUGCGUUGGAACAUUUGCUGAUGGCCGUGAGGGCGCGGUCGAUUUCCCAGCGUUCUACACCCGGGACAGUGGCUUCCGCAGCCCUCGAACCAUUCAAAACGAAGCUGAAGCUGCUGCAAUCGUUUAUGCGCAAUCAAAGCUUCCUGUCAGGUCUGGAAUUCACUUUGCCAACCCUGUCCCCUUGGAGUCCUCGGUCCCGAAAGCCGAGAUGGACAUUGCUAUCGAAGAAGCGAUCCGUCUAUCCCACGUAGAAGGCUUCCAUGGCAGUGACAAUACUCCCUUUGUGCUUUCCAAGAUCAAGGAGCUGAGUGGCGGGAAGAGCGUAGUCGCUAACCGGGCUCUGAUCAAGUCGAAUGUCGAGCGCGCAACCCGAGUAGCCGUGGAACUUGCCAAGCUUGAGAAUGCUGACCUAGAAACAGGGUCACGACACAUGCCAGCAAUUCCAAGUGUAGCUUCGCUCAGUCAAGCCACCCAGCAAACUCCAGAGACACCUGAACUGGUUUCAGAGGCACCGGUUGUGCCGACAGAGAAAGCCGAUGUGCUGGUAGCCGGGUCCCUCGCCAUUGACUUGUCUUGUGACUAUACUCCGUUCGGCGAUGAACGAACACAAGUCGCACCAGUGCCGCACACCUCCAACCCCGCAGUCAUUGGGCAGAGUCUUGGGGGUGUUGGUCACAACGUCGCCGUCGCCGCCAGUUAUGUUGGCAGCGAUGUGCUAUUCUGCAGUGUUGUAGCAGACGAUCUCAGCGGUCGUGCGGCGCUUUCAGCACUUGAAAAGGAGGGCCUCAGCACAGCAGGGAUCCAAGUCCUGUCUGCCGCAACAGGCACCCGCACCGCUCAAUACAUCGCCAUUAACGAUAUCAAAAAAGACCUAUUGGUCGCAAUGGCAGACAUGGGAAUCGUCGAGCUGCCGGAAGCGCAACUUGACUUCGAGGGUUUCUGGGGGCCUCUUAUCAAGCGUACAAAGCCGCGUUGGAUAGUCGUUGAUGCCAAUUGGCGACCCGAGGUUCUCGCUAAAUGGAGUAAAUUAGCGCAACAGUACGGCGCUCGCGUGGCUUUCGAGCCGGUCUCAACGGCCAAGUCCCGCCGUCUGUUUGGUGGCGAUGGCAGCACCUCCGAGGCGACCAUCGGUCCAAACCAGACUGUGCCCAAUAAUGCUAUCAGCCUUGCCUGCCCGAACCGACUUGAGCUAACCGCGAUGUACACAGCUGCCCGGGAAGCGCUGCUCUUUGAGUCAACGGGCUGGUGGCACGUCAUUGAUUCAAUGAAUCUUUCCCCAGCUGGUUCACGCCAGCGCCUCGUUGCAUUGACGACACCGGAGCUUGUUGACGAGGGUAUCCCGCAGCAGACCCUCCAGCUUCUUCCUUUCAUCCCCUGUAUUGUCACAAAGCUCGGUAGUGCGGGUGCUCUUGUCACUCAGCUGCUGCCGCCUGGUGAUCCUCGUCUCACCGAUCCAGAGUCUGCGCCGUAUGUCAUUGCCCGCGUGCCUCUUAACACUGACGUGCCAUUCGGCGGUGUCUAUAUGCGUCUUUUCUCUCCUGGGGCCGUCCUAGGUGAGGAUGAUAUUGUUAGUGUCAAUGCGGCGGGUGAUACGCUGCUGGGAGUCUUGGUCGCCGGUCUGGCCAAGCAGGGGAAGUCAGCACGUAUUGAAGACAUCAUUCCCAUUGCGCAGGAGGCAAGUCGGAAGACGUUGGCGAGCGCUGGCGGGGUGAGCAAGGAUCUUGCUGAGCUGCGAUCUAUACUGGAGCUGCAAUAA